AUGGGUAUCAAAAUUCGACAAGCUGAUAUCCAUGAUAUUCAAGCCAUUCAAAAUGCUAAUUUACAUAACUUACCAGAAAACUAUCUUUUGAAAUAUUAUAUGUAUCAUGAAUUAUCAUGGCCUCAAGCAAGUUUUGUAGCAACAACUUAUGAUGAAAGUUCAUUAGAUGAAGAAAUCAAUGAAGAUUUAAAAUUCGAAGAUCCUAAAGGAGAUACCGCCUAUAUAAGAAAGGGAGAAAAGAUAGUGGGAUAUGUGUUAGCUAAGAUGGAAGAUGACCCUGAAGCAGAAGAUAAAACCCCUCAUGGACAUAUUACAUCAUUAUCAGUUAUGAGAACUUAUAGAAGAAUGGGAUUAGCUGAUAGAUUAAUGAAACAAGCAUUAUAUGCAUUAUGUGAAUCAUUUGAUGCUAAAUAUGUAUCAUUACAUGUAAGAAAAUCCAAUAGAGCUGCAUUACAUUUAUAUAAAGAUACUUUAAAAUUUGAAGUUAGUAGUAUAGAAAAAUCAUAUUAUCAAGAUGGUGAAGAUGCUUAUGCUAUGAGGAAAGAUUUAGUAUUGGAAGAAUUACAACCUCACUUAAUUGAUGGAGAUCAAGAAGUUGAUGAUUUCGAAAAAGAUUUAUUAGAAGAUUUAUAA